AUGACACGGGUUGACAAGGCGAGCAAGGCGCUGUCCUUGGAGCGCGACCUCAUUUCAGCCACGGGUCGGCUCGAGGCCGCUGAGGCCGCAAGAGCCGACGCCGAGGGCAGUCGCCGCGAGAACGCCUCCGCCCUGGCCGAGCUGGCGGAGCUGGCCUUCAACGCGCUUCCGCCGCCGGCGGCCCCGCCGCGAGCGCCGGCGGUAGAAGGACGGGCUUCUUCUGCUGCUGCUGCUGCCGCCGCGUUCGAAGGAUGCGGUCGAAUUGGCGAUGCGAGGAGUGCCGCGGUAGCCGGGCUUGCGGGCUUGGAAGGCGGGGUACGGCAACGGGGGGAGGGGCCGCGCGCGGAGGUCGACGGCGGCGACGGUGACGGAGAGAGGAAGACCAGGCGAAAGGACGUGGAGGAGGAGGGCGGCGGCGGCGGCGGCGGCCGUGUGGAGGCAGGGCGGUGUUCGGACGGGGUGGCGAGGGCGGCCAGGGCGGUAAGGGCCCUCGCCGAAGCUGGUAUGGCGGCGGCGGCGGACAGGGAUCAUGCCACGAAGAAGCUUAAAGCCAUGAAUGUGUGUUUUGUCUUUUGUCCUGCUUGCCUGCUGCCAGCUGGUUGACGCCCGGGGGGAGCUCCGGUCGGCUCUUGAUCGUUUAGAGGCGUCGCAGCGGGAGGGCACGCGAGUGCGGAGGGCUUUGGAGGACGCCUGUGCCGCUCGCUCCGCGCUGUUGCCAAGACUUCGGGACACGCAGGUUUCGAGGGCAGCGGCGGAGGCGGCGGCGGACAGAGCUAGCGCGGAGCUGGCGGAUAUUCGCGGUUUCCUCGUGGAGCUGUCGGCACUGUU